AUGACAAUAGAUGACCUCGACACGCAAUAUUGCGACGAUUUUGAGUGCACAUCAAGCCCGGCGGUGGAGCAGACCGUGCGCACGCUGGCGCGCGAUCUGCAGCGGCUGAGCUACACUCGCGCCGCGUUCCAGCCCGACUUUUCUUACGAAGACGGCUUCCGGUCAUUCAAGGGCACGGGCAAGCUGGGGCGCGGCGUGUGGAUGCGGGACGUUGUCAAGCAGCCCAAAGUGGCCAUCAAGAAGAUGCGCAUGCUGGACAAGAGCACCGCGGAGAUCGACUGGCAGCUGACGGGUCAGGUGGCCGUGUUUGGGGUGCAGGUGGCCGUGAAGACCACUCUGGGUAUGAACCAGCUCACAGGACGCGUCACCAACCUCAAGGAGUCCUGGGACCUCUCUGGCGUGGGGGCCCCGGCCUCGGCAGCGCUGGUGGCAGCGCGCGCCACUUGGAGCGCGCAGCAGGCCAGCAAGGACGCCCAGGAGGGGCUGAACAGCACCCUGGACUCUAUCAGCAGCAUGGGUUCCCAGGACGAGGACACGCUCUACCGCGACCCCACAGACCCCACCAAGUUCUUCCGCCAGGAGGACUCCACCAUGCAGGACGCCGUCAGCCUGGCGCUGCUACUGGGUGUGCUGUACAUCGCUUACAAGGCCUAUUCCGUCGUGCUAGGGGCGUAG